AUGAAAAUCCUGUGGACCUUUGCCACCGUGCAUGGUGCAAGAGCCCCUAAGGACCUGACGGAGCCUACACCGCUUGAUGGCGGUAAAAGCUACAAGUCCUCUGUACCCGACCCGACUAUCGAUCGUCUUCCCAUCGAAAUUCGUCUGGUAAGGAUUCAUAUUAAAAGGGCAAACCCAAGCAGGAUCAGAAGACUUUCAAGCCUUCAACCGGCAAGGGCGGACCUUCCCAAGGUCAGCCCUAGGGACCCGCCCUUUCUACCGCCACCACCUCUGAUGCUGGAGAUACCAGUCGCGCCUCAACUGAACAUCUCUCUCUUGUCCAAACACAUACCAAGUCGUCUGAACGCCCUGGAGAACGUGAACCCAUGGUACAUGGACCUUUCGGAGAUGCCUAUGGACAACAGCCACCAACAGACGAUGACGUGGCAGCAGAACCAGUACAUGGCUGACUCUGGUAUUCAGUCAGGGGCUACAACUCAGGCAUGGCCCCUGAGCGAGAAGAGCCACGUGGAUGACCUUGAUGAGCCAGACCAGAACAAGGACAACGGGCGCAUGAUGUUCAACUGGAACCACCAGGGCAUGGGGUCAGACAUGUAUCAGCACCUGAACCAGACUUGCUCUCACCGUGUCUGGGAGGCGAUAUUCCCGGAAACUCUCAAGGAGGGUCUCCAGAUCCCAAGCACCGAGAUCCACCCAGAUCAGCCAACUGCCGUGCAGAGCCUUGCAGAGCCCUCACUGAUGCUUAAACACGCCGUCGUGAACCUGAUUAACUACCAGGACGACGCGGAUCUCGCCACAAAAGCGAUUCCCGAGCUGACCAAGUUUCUUUGCGAUGAUGAUCAAGUCGUAGUCAGCCAGGCGGCCAUGAUGGUUCAUCAGCUCUCCAAAAAGGAGGCAAGCCGCGCGGCGAUCAUGAAUUCGCCACAGAUGGUGGCGGCGCUUGUGCCACACAUGAGCCACACAAACGAUUCUGAGACCACGCGCUGCGCGCUGGGUACCCUUCACAACCUGUCCCACCACAGACAGGGGCUCUUGGCCAUAUUCAAGUCUGGGGGAAUCCCAGCUUUAGUCAAGCUGCUGAGCUCGUCAGUGGAUUCUAUAUUGUUCUAUGCCAUCAUCACGCUCCACAACCUCCUCUUGCACCAAGAGGGCUCAAAAAUGGCGGUACGGCUGGCGGAGGGGGGCCUACAGAAGAUGGUGGCCCUGCUGCAGAAGAACAACGUGAAGUUCCUCGCCAUCACCACCGACUGCCUGCAGAUUCUUGCCUUCGGCAAUCAGGAAAGCAAGCUGAUCAUCCUGGCUAGCGGUGGCCCAAGGGAGCUUGUACGACUGAUGCGCUCGUACACAUACGAGACGUUGCUAUGGACAACAUCUCGUGUCCUCAAGGUGCUCUCUGUGUGCCCUAGCAACAAGCCAGCUGUUGUUGAGGCUGGUGGGGUGCUGGCCCUGGCCAACCAUCUGGGUCAUGAAAGCCAGCGCCUUGUGCAGAACUGUCUCUGGACACUGAGAAACUUGUCUGAUGCUGCCACCAAAUGUGACAGCAUUGAUAACCUGCUUAAGAUGCUGGUGCAGCUCCUUUCGUCAAACGACAUCAACGUGGUGACCUGCGCCGCGGGCAUCCUCUCCAACAUCACCUGCAACAACAUGCGCAACAAGAUGAUCCUGUGCCAGGUGGGAGGUAUCGAGGCCCUUGUGCGCACCACCCUGCAGGCUGGGGACCGGGAGGACAUCACUGAACCUGCUGUACGUGCAUUACGUCACCUGACAUCACGCCACCACGACUCGGAGAUGGCCCAGAACGCAGUGCGACUCCACUUUGGCCUGCCUGUGCUCGUGAAACUUCUCCACCCACCCAGCAGGUGGCCACUCAUCAAGGCGGUUGUGGGUCUGAUCCGUAACCUCGCGCUGUGCACGGCCAACCACGGCCCCAUGAGGGAACACGGCGCGCUGCCCAGGAUCGUUAAGCUUAUGAUCAGGGCGCACCAGGAGACACAGAUGCGUGCCUCUAUCAGUGCCAAUGACCAGGGUUCAGGCUGCGUGGACAAUGUCCGCAUGGAUGAGAUUGUAGAGGGAACCGUCGGCGCCCUGCACAUCCUCGCGCGGGAGGCACACAACCGCGCAGUCAUCAGGGGCCAAAACUGCAUACCCCUCUUUGUAAAGCUGCUGUGCUCGCCUGUUGAGAACAUCCAGCGUGUUGCAGCAGGCGUUCUGAGUGAGCUGGCGGCGGACAAGGAGGGCGCCGUGCUGAUAGAGCGAGAGGGCGCCACCGCACCGCUCACUGAACUGCUCCACUCGAGGAAUGAGGGAGUUGCCACAUACGCUGCUGCUGUGUUGUUCAGCACGUCUAAUAACAAGCCCCAGGACUACAAGAAGCGUCUCUCUGUGGAGCUCACCAGCUCAAUCUGCCGAGGGGAUCAGAACAUGCCUUGGGCUGAGCUGCCCGGUUUCGAUGACGUUGGUCUUGGCCAGAACGAGUUCUGCCGACCCAGUGAGCAGCAGAUAUACCAGGGGUCACAUGGGGUCUCCCAGCAUGACAUGAGCAGGGCAGGUUUUGAUGACCAGCUGCCAAUCAAGUCCAUGCAGCGCCUUGACCUUGGUAGCAAGGGUAACCAGUACAUGGACGACAUUAACAUCGGCCCCAGCGGUGACCUCAGCUUCCCUAGCAUGGGCGCUGGGACCCACGGCAUGCCCAUCCCCAGCAGGGGGAGACAACUAUGGGGCCAUGACAGGACAGCAGUGGUUCGAUACGGAUCUGUAGACAAUCCCGGGCCAAUGCCCUUAUAUGGAAAGCCCCAUCAAACUCCCACGGGGUUCUUUGUAAAUGGGCGGGGUAGCCCCGUCAAACUCCGAUUGGAGUUCAUUGAAAAUGGGAGUUUUACGGGGUCCCCCGUCAAACCUCCUACGGGGGACCCAUCAAACCUCCAAUGGGAGUUUAAUGGAAAUUGGAGUUUGGCGGGGCCCCCGUAA